CAAAGGGACUUUCCAUAUGUAUUUGGUGGUGAUAUUUUUAUACUUAUUUUAAGUAUUAAGUCUAUAUAAAAAAACUUUUGGGAGUGCAACAAAUUCUGAUGACUACUACAUUUUGUCUUUUUCUGUCCUAAGAUAGGGUCAUAUUAGUGAAAUUUCAGCAAAGUUUUGGUGAAUAAGGCCCAUUGUCUAUUUGUUUAAAUAAUGUUUAAAGCACAGCUCAACAUGGCAACAUUUGCUUGGACCCAAUUGCAUGGUUUGCUAUUGAUAUGACUGGAAUUUGCUGAACAAUGAUAACUGUGACCACACAUUUAGCCAUUAAAGGGAUAGUUCACCCAAAAAUGAAAGUUCUAUCACUUAUUACUCACCCUCAUGUCGUUCCAAACCCAUAAGAACUUUGUACAUCUUCAGAACACAAAUUAAGAUAUUCUAUCUAUUCUAGAAUCUUACAUUGAUGAAAUCCGAGAGGUUUCUGAAAGCAUAGACCGCAACGCAACUGACACGUUCAUGACCCAGAAAGAGAACCAUGAGCACUGUGGAGGAGGAGCCGGACCACAUGAUACCAUGAAGAGAAGCCUGCAGGUCCUGCCCCACCAGCUGCUGAGUGUUCUGCUGAUUCUGUCUGUGCCAGUUGGGCUGGUGUUCUCCACUGAGGAGCUUCAACCCAGCCAAACCCCUCGGAAUUUUGUCUCGAUGUCAACGAGCAGCAGAACCCUCGCCACCCUCUCACCGGGACCCUUGAGCUGGCAGGAGGGUUCCAGGACUGGGGAUUUGCACAUCCAGUCACUGGCCUCUCUAGAAGCCAUCAGUAGACCCACUACUGUCCACUCAUUCCAGACACCGAAGAACACUGUACCAUCUGCCAUAAUUCAAACAACAACAGUAGGGGUGCAUAAUUUUGGUUCCAGGGAUCGGGCACUACCUAGAGUCCCUCUUCCAGAAGCAGAAGCACCCCAAUUGACCUCUAGAAGCAUGGUCAAUAGAACAAGCUCUGGGUUUUUCACCACUAAAACCCAAGACCAGAACUUUAGCACUAAUACCGACAAGCCGAGUACAAUCAGUAGAAAGCCAGUGGACCAAGCCACAAAUUCUGGCUCGGGUCAUUCUUUUCUCUCAGGGACUGAAAGUGAUCUGGGCCCUGGUGUCGAGGACAUUUCAGGGACCACAGACACAGGAGAGAUGAAAGAGAAGGAGCCCAUUGAACAUCCACCAUCACCUUCAUUGUCUUCAAACUUCAAAACCCACAAAAGGCAGAACACGGAUAAGGAGGCUUCGCACCACACCAUUACAUUGCGCGACGUGUCUUCAAUGGAGAAUCCCACUCUCCCAUUGGAAACGAUGGGAAGAGCUUUGGCACAAACUGGCAUCCAGUCUCCUCCCCCAGCUCUAGCCCUGCCUUCUAACCAUGUUACAACAUCCAAUCCCACUUCUUCAGCGGAGAGCGGAAACUUUGUGGAAAUCCAAGGUGGUGGAACAACCAAUAUGACCACUGAUUCUCUUGUCUCUAUAAAUUAUGCCACAGAUGUUAUCAACAGCACUGAUGCCUCAUGGUCUGCAGCAAAUGAUUCGAACAUCUCAGAGGCACCCUCCACAGCUAGUGGGAGCUUCAUGAACAGGCAGGUCCCAGCCACCACGCAAGGCCCAUGGGGGUCUGGGAACCAGUCGGGUCCUGCACUGGAUCCUUCUCACGAAAAAAACACCAUCUGCCUGGACAAAAUGGACAUUGUGUGGUUGGUUCUUGCCAUUAGCGUGACUGUCUCCUCAUGCUCCGUGCUGCUUACCGUAUGCUGUAUGAGGAAAAAGAAGAAGUCUGCAACUCAGGAGAACAACUUGAGCUACUGGAAUGAUGCCAUCACCAUGGAUUACUUCACCCGCCAUGCUGUGGAGCUCCCACGCGAGAUACAAUCACUGGAGACUGAGGAACAAGAGACGUGUCUGCCCCCUAAUGGUGACUACAGUGACAGCGGCGUGGUUCUGGUUAACCCCUUUUGCCAAGAGACUCUCUUUAUCAACAGAGACAAGGCUUCUGAUAUCUAAACAUGCUAUAUUAAAAGGAGACAAAAUCCUUGAGGAUUUUACAGUCCCUUUUAUUUGCUCGCAUUUUUUAAGAAUAUAUAUAUAUAUAUAUAUAUAUAUAUAUAGAUAAAUAUAUAUACAUAUACGUGGUGGACCUUCAGAGACUGCGGUUUAUAUACAGUAUGAAACUGGUUUCAAGGAGAUGAAAGAAUAUUACAAAACAGAACAAAUGCUAUUUACUAUGAGGGGGAGCCCCUGCAUAUUUUUCUGAUGUGGAUUUUCUACAGACGCUUCAUUGUGAUAAGGGUUUUUAUGUCUUUUUUGAAUAAAAACAAUAAGUGUGGUUGCUCUUAUGUUCCAGUGGCUUUGGUGGUGCAAAGUGCUGAGAAACAUGACGCGUGGUGUAAGGAUGCUUGUGUGACGUUACCCAAAACACUUAAUAUGAUUACUUAAAAAAGCCUGCCGCACUUGAAUUCUGUAUGUAAGGGGGAUGCAGGGGUAAAGGGCAUUGAUUCUGGAAUGCUUCUGGAAUGGGUCCAAUGGGUACUGCAGCAACCCUCGCUUCCCUCGUGGAGGAAUUUGAGUUGAUUGCCUGUUUGCAUUUGAUGGAGGAUGAAUCAUGACUUUCUGAGAUGAUUUGUCCCCAGUUGAGUCACCAGCCAAAAGACAAAACGACAAUUGUCCCAUUCCUUAGAUGUUCGAGAUGUUUUCGUGUGCGUAUAUGUCUUGUUGCAUGCAUCUUUUCUGAUUUGAGGUGUAUGUGUGUCUAUAGACUAGAUGUCAAACAGGAUUUGGUUUCUAUCAAGAUUUCGUUGUUAAAAACACCCUAAAAUUCCAUUUGCGUUGACACAGUUGCACAAGCAAGUAGAAAAAUGCUUAAAUGCCAAUGAAAUGCCUCAUACAAAGCCCUUUGUAUGGUAAUGUCAGUGUGCUCCACAUUUCACAUCAUAUCUGUUCAUGUUGUAUGUGUUUGUGUUCAACUUCCAUAAGCAGGGCUAAGCAUUAUACUGUAUAGUGGAAAUGCAUUCUGUUUUUUUUUUUAUUAAACCUCUAUAUUUGUUUAUUCGCUAUGACAUGCUCUGAUGAAAAUGGCACUAUUAUUGCUUAACAGGUUGGCUAAAUCUAUAUAUAUAUGUAUAUAUAUAUAUAUAUUUUGUUAGAAGACAUGUUUUUCUUAGUGGGUGAAUGAGUGUGCUUGUGGUUCUGUCUGUCUAUCUCUGUCCCUUGUGUGAACAUUGACGAGAAUAAAUGAGACCAAAAUGAAUUUCUCUUUGAUUCUCAGUGCUUACUGCUGUAUUGUACAGUUUUUUAGAUGAAUGUCAAUGAUAUCACUGGAUAUAAUAGAGUGUAAUUGUUAGAUAUAAAUACAUACAGAGAACCUAUUUUAUUUUGUACUUUCUUUGAACACGUCACUGAGGUUGGUAACAUGUUUUAAGACCAUAUCAUUUUUUUUUUUUUUUUACAUAUCCCAUUUAUUUUUCUGUAUGCUUAGCAGAUUUUAUAUAAAUAUUGUUUUAAAUGAAUUUGUAGAUUGAUGUUUUCCUUUUCUUCUUUUUUUCAUUGUUUCCGUCCAUUUAUUUUGUGCUGGCAUGAGUUUUAGAUAUGUAAGGAGAGGGAGGUAAUUGCUCAGCUGACAGAAAAAAAAAAUCGCUCUUGCAUAUUAUGAAUCAUGUCUAAUCUUUUGUAGCACAUAAACUGUACUUUUUACUGCUGAGCAAUACAAAUAAAACAGCUUUG